GUGUCGUGCCAUAAGGGCAUUACUUAAUAUAUAGAGUCAAGUCUGGCUAUAAGUCGGUAUAACCUAUACGUCACUGAGUUCCCCUCAAAUUCAUUACUCAUCUUACCUUAUAAGGAAAACCUUCUUUAAUCGGUGAACACUUCAUUUUCGACGGACGAGGUAAACUAUUUACAUUAAAACAAUGUCUGAUCCCCGCAUAAGAACUCUAAAAAUUAAAACUGGAGUAGUGAAACGACUCGCGAAAGAAAAAGUCACAUAUGAGAAGGAAGCAGCACAGCAACGUGAAAGGAUACAAAAAUUAAAAGAACAGGACAAGGAUGGUUAUGACAUAAAGAAGCAAGAAGAGGUUCUUCAAGAGUCCCUAAUGAUGGUACCAGAUUGUCAACGACGACUUGUAAAAGCGUUCGAAGAAUUGAAAAAAAUUUUAGAAACAGAACAAGAUUUGAAAGAGAUCGAAGAUUACAUUGAAGCGGAAAAAGUAUUGCAAGAGGCUGAAACUCAACUUCCUAAAGAUGGAGGGAUCAUGGAAAUGUGUUAG